GUCGACGCCGACUCCAACUCAGUAGUCUAUCCCCACCGCGAACCGCCGCAGGAAUCUCUGACGAUGGCCCCGCCGGCCGCUGCGGUUGCCGCCGUCCGCCACCACAGCCCGCACCUGCUCCUCCGCCGCGGGGGCGGGGGUCUCCUAUCAUCGCCUUCGGGCCCCGCCACGCUCCCUUUCGCCUCGCGGGGUGCGGCCUCCGCGCCCGCGCGCCUGCGCCUGCCGCCGCCGCAGUUCUCUCUCUCCCCCGUCCCGAAGAGCCUCUCCGCCGCCUCCUCCUCCCACGUCAUUGUACGGUCCCUCUUCACCGGCAUUGUCGAGGAGGUCGGCCGCGUGCGCCGCCUCGGCCCGCCGCUCGCGCCGUCUGGGGGUGGCGGCGGCGAGGCUCUUGGCCUUGACUUGGAGGUCGAGACCAAGGACCUCCUCGCCGGUACUCAGCUCGGUGACAGUGUGGCGGUCGACGGCGCCUGCCUCACCGUUGCGGCGAUCGACCCGGCCGCGUCCACGCUCACCUUCGGAGUGGCCCCGGAGACGCUCCGCCGGACGUCCCUGGGAGAGCGCGCCCCAGGCGACGGCGUCAACCUCGAGCGCGCACUCACUCCGUCGUCCCGCAUGGGCGGGCACUUCGUGCAGGGCCACGUCGACGGGACCGGGGAGAUCGUUGCGUUCCGGCCGGACGGGGACUCGCUCUGGGUCACCGUGCGCGCCCCGCCGGAGAUCCUCCGGCUGCUCGUGCCCAAGGGCUUCGUCGCCGUUGACGGCACUAGCCUCACUGUUGUCAGUGUGGACGACGAGGGCGGCUGGUUUGACUUCAUGCUCGUCAGGUACACGCAGGACAACAUCGUGCUGCCGACCAAGAAGGUCGGAGACAAGGUGAACCUAGAGGCGGAUAUACUGGGUAAGUACGUCGAGAAGCUCCUCGCUGGGAGGGUUGAGGCCAUGGCGAAGGUUGAUUCUUGAUCUACCAUUGCUGAGCUGCUGGAUCAAUGGUCAUUCUACAGGUAUUUCAGCAAUGUUAUGUUCAUCAAUAAUAGCAGUUCAUUCCAUUUUGUUGCAAUUGGCUUGUUGUUUUUUUAUUUCAGACUUUCAGUGAGACAGUAAUAAAACAUAAGUGAUCGAGGAAAUGACUUAUCAUUUCUUUUCAUCCGUUGAGAUAAAUGUACAAGUAUCCAUACUCUAAUAUGCAGCCAAAUUUAGAAGUUUGUUUUGUUGC